AUGAGCAGGAUGGAAGAAGCUAUUCAAGCCCUCGAGAAACAACAGAUAACUGUGUUUAAGCCCGCAAGUCCCGAGUACAGACACGCGAUUGCCAGCUCGAACCUUUUGCGCCGUUUUUCGAGGCCUGCCUGCGUCGUCCAACCCAAGUCAGCCACCGAAGUCCAGGCGGUCAUCAGCCAAGCGCGCGAGAAGAAGCUCAAGGUGACAGUCAAGUGCAAUGGCCAUUCUUACGCCGGUCACUCGACAGCUGUCGAGGGCAUUUCUCUCGACUUGCGGGACAUGAACAAUGCAUCGUUAAAUAUGGACUCCAAGAUCGUCACCAUGGACGCUGGAUGCCGGUGGGGCAUGUUGUAUGAGACGUUAGUCAUUGGGAAACACGACGGGUUUAUCAUCAACGGGGGGAGAUGCCCGACUGUGGGUGUGAGUGGUUUCAUCCUCAGUGGUGGGCUUGGUCCGUUUACCCGAAGCUUCGGGAUGGGGUAUGACACGCUUGUGGAGGCGAAGGUUGUAACAGCUGAUGGGAGGUAG